AUGGUGUAUUUUGUCUGUGUAGAUGAGGCUCACCUGCUGGCGUCUGUGCAGAAUGAGCUGCUGGUGUUGGGGUUGCAUAGCUCCAGCCUUUCAUUGCUCUCCACUAGUCAGACACCUGUGUUCUGUGUGGAUUAUGACUGGAGAGACCAGAGGGUAUACUGGGUCAGUCUGGAGGAGGAGAGCAUCAAGUGGACUUCCAUCAACACCAAGGACACGGGCACUCUGGUCAAAGGUGUGAAGUCUGAUUCUAUAGCUGUGGACUGGGUUGGCAGGAACCUGUACUGGCUGGAUGGGCUGGCCAGUCAGAUUCUGGCUGUGAGGCUGGGCACAUCUACAGUAAAGUCUCAGAACUACGUAGUGGUUCUGGAUGAGGAUCUGGAGCAGCCUCGCUCACUACUACUGCUGCCACACAAAGGGUUGAUGUAUUGGUCAGAGGUUGGUAGCGAUCCCCAGAUUGAGCGGUCAGGGAUGGAUGGCUCUGAGAGGAAGGUGGUGUUGACUCGUGGUCUCAGCUGGCCAGUCAGUCUCGCUGUGGACACUCUCACUGACCGAAUCUACUGGGCAGAUGAAAAACUGCAGUGCAUCGGCUCUGUAUCCCUGGAAGGACACAAUGUCAGGCUUCUGCAGCUGACUGAAAUGCCCAGUCCAUUCUCUGUAAUGGUUUUCAAUGACAUGGUCUACUGGUCUGACACCAAGAGGAGAACUAUUCAAGUAUCCCACAAGAACACGGGCAAGAACCGCAAAGUUUUACUCAAAAGACCUGGACAGCCUUUUGGCAUCAGGAUUAUGCACCCCAUCCGGCAGACCAACGUGCCCAGCCCCUGUGAGAAGCUCCAGUGUUCCCACAUCUGUCUCUUGGCUCCAGGACUGUCUACAGGCCCCAGAGCUGGGUCUACGGGACCCAAAGCUGUGUGUAGAUGUGCAGCAGGGCUUCUCCUGGCUGGGGACGGCCUCACCUGCUCCACCCUUGUAGACACCACCUUCCUCUUGCUCCUCUCUCCUACUGCAGUUACACAGAUAUACCUUAGCACCAUCCAUAAUGGUGUGGGGUUGAAGCGGUUGCCUGAGCACCAUAUAUGGUCUCUGCCGUGGGCGCACCAGGCCUCUGGGCUGGAUUUGGCUGUACAGGAGAGGAAUUUAUACCUGGCUGAUGCUGCCCAGGGCUCAGUCGAUCUCCUGAAACUGAGUAGCUCAGGCCUGACACCAGUCAGCAGAGUCCUGAAUCUCCAGGAUGAUACAGUGAUGGCUCUGGCUGUGGACUGGGUCACACUAAACUUGUACUGGAGCAGCAGGAAGCAGCCUGACCUACAUGUCACCACCACCAGGGGGCAGCACACUGCACCUCUACUCCAACUAGGCCUUCAGGGAACCACCUCCAUCGCCCUGCACCCCCCCUCAGGACGCCUGUGCUUCACGGCCUUGGGCCAGUUGAAUGUGAGGAGCCUGCCGCAGGUGGACUGUGCCUUCAUGGAUGGACGUAGUCAGAAGCUGCUCUGGAGGAAGGCUGUGAUGCCAACCUCCCUUCUGUUCUCCAACAAGGGCACUCGGCUGUAUUGGGCUGACAUAGGUGCUGGGGUAAUCGACUCCAUUCUUCUGGAUGGUUCUGGAUAUAAACAGUUUAAAGCAGAUCCCGGCCUCAUGUCCUUCACACUGGCUGAGAACGUCCUCCUGUGGAGCAGCCUGGAUAAAGAUGUGACUAGAAUCUGGUUCAGUGAUGGAUUUCAGCCCAAGCAGCUGUGGUUUGAGGUCAAUACCAAUGUAGUGGCACUGAGGGUUUACAGCAAAACCAGUCAGAAAGGAACUAACAGCUGCUCAGAGCGGAACGGAGGCUGCAGUCAGCUGUGCCUGGCCUACCCAGGGGGGCGUAGCUGCCGAUGUGGACGUGGUUACCAACCUGUCGACACCAAAAUGUGUAGCCCCUUCCCCCCCCUCCAGUGUCCAGAGGGCAGCAGGGCCUGUAGCGACGGCAGCAGGUGCCUCCCCCUCACAAAGUUCUGUAACCACCAAACCGACUGCCUCGACCAUUCAGACGAGAUCAAAUGCUGGUCUGGAGUGAAGCCCCAAGAUGUCAGCCAUAGUAAACCUUCCCCGGGGCAUGCUGGGAACACCGUCCCCCCUAACCAGGACUGGUCUGGGAGGACCACCCCCGGGGGGGUAGAGGUGCAGAAGCUGGACUCUGAGUCAUGUGAUGCCCAGCAGUGUAAUGGACAUGGGAAAUGUGUGGCAAGGGGUGGAGAAACCACCUGCCAGUGUGUUCUGGGAUACCAUGGUGUGUUCUGUGAGGAGGGUGAGGGUCCAGGGGUCAGUAAUGCCCCCCUCACUUUAGGCAUCCUCAGUCUCAUUGGUGGAGUCCUCAUCGCUGCUGUCAUCAUCAGGAAGAGCAGGGCAAGAGCUGCAGCUCGGGGCCAGUCCACAGACAAGGAGACUCUGAUGACCAAUAUGGAUGAACAGACGGUCUACGCUGUGUCUUUCAACAACGAUCUGUAUGAUCCUGACCAGGAAUUGAUCUCGUCUGCUGAUGGGACAUCUCAACAUCUGUAAAUGUUGCCUUUUCUCUUCUGCUCUGAAAUAAAGUCUAGGAUGUUAAACCUCAUGGUGUUUUAUUUUCUCAGACAUCAC